GAUGAAGGAUGAGGACGCGGGGCGGUGGCACCAGGCGCUCUGGGAUGGCCGAGGUGAAGGUGGCCGUGCUGGGCGGCAGCGGGGCCGGCAAGUCGGCGCUGGCCGUGCGGUUCCUGACACGGAGAUUCAUCGGAGAGUACGCGGCCAGCGCCGAAUGCAUCUACACUAAGCACUUAUGCCUGGAUGGGAGGCAGAUACACCUGGAAAUUUAUGAUCCUUGUUCACAGCCUCAGCAGGGGAAGCUCUCCCUGCCAGAGGAGCUGCUCUGGGCUGAUGGAUUGAUCAUUGUUUACGACAUCAGCGACCGAGCGUCGUUCGCGUUUGCUGAAGCGCUGCUGGGCCGGAUCCGAGAGUCCCACACUGCAGGCUGUAAAAAAAUGGUCGAGUCAUCGAUAUUUUUGGUCGGCAACAAACAGGAUUUGUGCCACAUCAGGGAAGUUGGCUGGGAUGAAGGACAGAAGCUGGCAAUAGAUAACAAGUGCCAAUUCUGUGAGCUGUCUGCAGCAGAGCACUAUCAGGAAGUUGUGGCAAUGUUCACCAAAGUCCUGAGGAAUAUCACUUCCAAUUUCAAAGGGAAGGAAAAGAGACGACCAAGUGGUUCCAAGUCCAUGGCCAAGUUAAUCAACAACGUGUUUGGAAAGAGAAGGAAAUCUGUGUAAGAGAUGGUUAGGCUUGAGGUUGGAACAAGCUGAAAUAAUGGAGCAGAGGCAGCUCUUGGGACUCACUGAAUUUCCUCCAAAGGUCAAUAUCUGCAGGAGUAAGACAGUGGAAACCAAAGGUGGGAGAUAUGGUCUAGACUUAGAAGACCUGACCUAUUUCAAGCUCUGCUACAGAUUUACUGAUUAGGGCUGUGCCACUUAAACUGUAAGCUGUUCCAGAGGGGAGGUUUAGUCUGCAUUUAUUCAACUCCAACAUGGUCUUGGAUAGAGCUUCUAGGUGCAACUGAAGUAUAAACAGUUAUUUCACACAUUCAUUUAUCAUCAAAUCCAGCCACUAACCAAACACUACCAAGUCUACCCUAAACCAUGUCCUUAAGUGCCACAUAAUAUCCAGUAACCUCAGCCUUGCUGAUCAAAAUCUUAUCUCAAAAUUCUGAGUUGUUUCUUUAUGUGCAAGAACAUUUGCACUAAAGAAAAGCAAAAUACUGCAGCUUCAUGUGGUAAUGUAUUUGUAUUUAACUCAGGUCCUUGUGUGCCUUACACUUGCUGAAAUUCAUACAAAUUAAAUGCUUAGACACCAAAUCUACAAAAGGCAUUCACCUGCAAAGCUGCCUUGCAGAGGCACCAGAAGUAGGGAAGCAGAUAUACAAAGCAGUAUUGUCUCAGUACUGUUUCAGUAUCUUUUUUUUUUUAUUAUUGUUUUUUUUUUUAUUCCAUGAGUGAUGAAAAGAAAAAAAAAAAUUUAAAAAAAGAUAAAAGAAGUGCAAAAAAUGUUUUAGAAAGAGAAUGGCUGUAAUUUCCUAAGUUUAACAGAACUGCCUUAUGAAGUCCCAAAAACAUUGAAAACACAUGAUGUUAUCAAGACGACAAGAUC